AUGUUUGGGACAAUGAACCAUAAAGCCACACUAGCGUAGCCUCUUGACAGCAAAGGGAAACACAUCAAGGAACCAGCUUGGCCAUUACAGUUACCACGGGCUACAAGCAUUCAAUGAAUUAUUUGUUAUUGUUUUGAAAUUUAGUUUCAACAAAGCUUUGUUGCAGAUUAUUUAAUACUUAUCUUAACUUUUUAUUAAAUGAUUCAGAUAUGUAGCAAAAUGUCAAGUAAUGCGGGAUUUUAGAAAAAUAAACUUGGCUGUACAUUAUAAUGAAACUUUACUGCCUUAGUGGCGACCCGAACAAGCCAUGCAGCAUACUGCAGUUUAAGGGCAUCACCUUCAUGCUCGACUGUGGCCUGUCCUCCCUCUCCGUCCUCAACUUCCUGCCGCUGCCGUUUGUGAGGAGUGCUCGGCUCGACAACCUGCCCGGAUGGGUCCCCCGCGAUGCUUCCGACCCAGAACUGGAAAAGGAGUUGAAGGAGUGCUGUGGCAGAGUGUUCGUUGACUCUCCUCCGGAGUUUUUGCCACCUCAGUCAAAAGUAGUUGACUUCUCCCAAGUCGAUGUCAUCUUGAUAUCUAAUUAUCUCUGCAUGCUUGCUCUGCCAUUUAUUACUGAAGGCACAGGCUUUACCGGCAAAGUAUAUGCUACUGAACCCACCAUGCAGAUUGGAAGAAUGUUCUUGGAGGAGCUGGUGGACAACAUAGAGCAGAUGCCAAAAUCCUCCACCGCCAGCCACUGGAAGGAGUUCCUGCACAUCUUGCCCCCACCCUUGUGCGACAGCCACCGGCCUCGCACGUGGCGGCAGAUAUACAGCUUGACCGCCGUCAAUAAGUCCCUCGCGCGGAUACGGAUGGUGGGCUACAACCAGAAGCUGGAUGUGUACGGGGCGCUCACUGUCAUGGCAGUCAGCUCGGGCUACUGCCUCGGCUCCAGCAACUGGGUCAUUGACUCCAUGUACGAGAAGGUGGCGUACGUCAGUGGUUCGUCCACUCUCACCACUCAUCCGAGACCAAUGGACCAAGCUGCGCUGAAAAAUGCUAAUGUUUUGAUUCUGACCGGCCUGACACAAACGCCCACUGCGAAUCCUGACUCCAUGCUGGGAGAACUCUGCAUGACGGUUGCGUCCACGGUGCGAGUGGGGGGCAACGUGCUCAUACCGUGCUACCCGUCGGGGGUGGUGUACGACCUGUUUGAGUGCCUGUCAGGCCACCUGGACAGCGUGGGCAUGAGCACGGUGCCCAUGUUCUUCAUAUCACCCGUGGCGGACACUUCCCUCGCCUACUCCAACAUCUUUGCCGAGUGGUUGUCGACUGUCAAACAGAACAAGGUUUACUUACCAGAGGAGCCCUUCCCCCACGCCCUGCUGAGUCGCACUGGGCGUUUGAAACACUUCAAGCACAUUCACACUGAAGGCUUCAGCACAGACUACAGACAGCCAUGUGUUGUGUUUUGCGGGCACCCAAGCCUUAGAUUUGGAGAUGCUGUUCAUUUUGUGGAACUGUGGGGCUCAAACGCUCUCAACACCAUCAUUUUUACAGAGCCGGACUUCCCGUACUUGGAGGCGCUUGCACCGUACCAGCCGCUGAUGAUAAAGACGGUUCACUGUCCGAUUGACACUAGUCUCAACUUCACUCAGGCCAACAAGCUGAUACGGGAGCUGAAACCUGGAACCUUGGUCUUGCCUGAAUGCUACCUGCAACCUCCAUUUAUUGCUCCUAAUAGGCCUGACCUAGUUGUGGAUACGGACAGACCUGUGAUUGUCUUCAAGCGAGAUGACGUCCUCUCGCUGCCUCUGAAGAGGAAGCUGUCGCCGGCAGAGAUCAGCACGUCGCUGACGGAGAAAUUGCAUCCUAACGAAGUGCGGUCUGGCGUGUCGCUGGUCACCAUGACUGGGCAGCUGGUUGCAGGGGACAACAAGUACACUAUCCAGGCUCGCAGUUCUAGUGGAAAGAAACGUUUAAGAGUUGCAGAUGAUUUUGCGAGUAUUAAGCCAGAUUCAUACACUUGGGGCUCCCUCAACGUCGAAGAAUUCAUCCAGAAAAUUUCUCAAGAGGGUAUCACAGAUGCCAAAGUUGAGAAGGGAGCCAGUGGUUACAUCAUUCAUCUGCCCCAAGAAGACAGUCUGAUCCAAGUGGAUGAAUCGUCAACACAUAUCAUCUGUGACGGGGAUGAGGUUUUGAGGCAAAAACUGAGAAAUGUUUUGUUGCAAUGUCUAAAUAAAUUUUAAUUUUUUUAAUACAAA